AUGCUGGCUGGUUGUGGGAUACUGUCGGUGUCUUGGGGCAUUGGAUGGUGUGUGUUUGGUCUUUUGCAGUCUUGUCGCUUCUACUUGAUAGCUCACUGUCGUAUCACGUUGCUGAGCCGUGAUACGGUAAGAAAUUUCGGUAUGAGGGGCGUUUCUUUCUUCCUCGAGGUGAGACUUGUGACGGUCAAGAUGAUGUCUACAUCGUGGGUCGAGGGUCGCUCUUUCAUUCGUUCGAACAACUCCAUUCAAUUUGUCUAUAGUACUCCGAGUCUUCAUUUCGAAACGCAAAGUUGA